GGUGAAUGUAGAGAAAAAGAUUGCAAGGGCUUGUGGGUACAAUUCGACAGUCGCCAAAUUCUAGUUCUGAGAGUUUGCUGCAUAGUGAGCAAUUAUACGACCGGCGAGUCCGGGCGGUUGAAAUAGGAACCUACGUGUGACCGCCGAGAGAGAUUAAUUUAUUGAGCUCCGCUGAUGGUUGGAUAAGUCUCAUCAAUUAAACGAACAGUUUGGACGUGUCGGAGUGGAGACCAUGGCGCUGGCACCGAAGGAACUAUCCCAUCUGCUCAGCAUCAUUUCGGAGGAGGCCUGCACCAGCACCUUCGAGUCGCUCUCGACCCACUUCCAUCAUUAUUUUGGCAAAGCGGAUCAUUUCAGGGUAGGUUCAGUUCUAGUCAUGCUGCUCCAACAGCCGGACCUGCUUCCCAGCUCGUCGCAGCGCCUCACCGCCCUGUACCUUCUGUGGGAGAUGUACAGAACUGAGCCGCUCGCUGCCAACCCGUUUGCCGCCGUGUUCGCCCACCUGCUGAACCCUGCACCUGCCUUGGAUGACCAGGAGAAAGUACUUCUGGGAUUCCUGCCCCCCAUCACCCAGCCAGAGAAGUUCUUCCUCUCCCAACUUAUGCUGGCUCCCCCCAGGGACCUGUUCAAGAAAACUCCCAGACAAGUCUCUUGCAUGGAUGUGGGGAACAUGCCUCAGUCCAUUGACAUCAGCGGGUUGCAGCUAGCGCUUGCAGAACGUCAGUCUGAACUACCCACUCAAAGCAAGGCCAGCUUCCCCAGUGUCCUCAAUGACCCAGAUCCGGACUCUUCCAACUCUGGGUUCGACAUUUCUGUGGCCAAUCAAAUCAUUGAGUCUUUGGUGACAGGGCCGCGACCUCCUCUGGAGAGUCAUUUUAGACCAGAGUUCAUCCGACCUCCCCCUCCUCUACAUGUGUGUGAGGAUGAGCUCGCAUGGCUCAAUCCCACUGAGCCAGACCACAGCAUUCGGUGGGACCAAUCUAUGUGUGUGAAGAACAGCACCGGCAGUGAGAUCAAACUCAUCAUGUCCAAGGCCUUCAAGAGUGUGCUGUCAUCCCAGCAGCUGUCGCAGCUGCUGGCUGAGCUGGAGAAAGACCCAAAGUUGGUGUACCACAUCGGCCUGACUCCAGCUAAGCUCCCUGAUCUAGUGGAGAACAACCCGCUCGUGGCCAUCGAGGUGCUGCUGAAACUGAUGCAGAGCAACCAGAUCACAGAGUAUUUCUCUGUGCUGGUCAACAUGGACAUGUCACUGCAUUCCAUGGAGGUGGUCAACAGACUGACCACAGCAGUGGACUUGCCUGCAGAGUUCAUCCACCUUUACAUCACCAACUGUAUUUCCACUUGUGAGCAAAUCAAAGACAAGUACAUGCAGAACCGUCUAGUUCGGCUGGUCUGUGUUUUCCUUCAGUCCCUCAUUCGGAACAAGAUCAUCAAUGUGCAAGACCUUUUCAUCGAGGUCCAGGCUUUCUGCAUCGAGUUCAGUCGCAUCCGCGAGGCAGCUGGACUAUUUCGCCUUCUCAAGACUCUAGACACUGGAGACAGCCCUGCUGAGGCAAGACCUGCCAAAUAAUCACUCCACAGGUACAGCAACACUAUAACCACCAAUCAGGAAUGGGAGGCACCACUGACCCUCCUCUUCCAUUCCCACUUUCUAUUUUCCCAUUUAGACAUAUUUGGAUGAACACUUCUGGUGCAGGAUUUUCCUUGAUGUUUUUUUCAAAAACAGAUUUUUGUGAAUUAUG